AUGCGUGAGAGCAUCAGGACAACGCGGCAGGAUACUCGCCACCGUUCCGAGCACAUACAGACUGACCCUCACUUUGACAAAUUGGCGAGGUCAUCGAAUAGGCGACAGGAGUGUAAGCAUCAAAUGGGACUGCUUCAGAUGAUUCCUUUUCGUAACUUGAAUGAAGGAAUGCUAUUAGAGUAUGAUCUGAUUGAGCUGACCGAACUUCGCCAACUGACCAAGGACCAAUGUGUGUUGUUCACUUUGGUGCCCUCGGCCGACGUCUACUGGGCCGAGCUGGUGCCCCGGAUGACCUGCAAACCGAACUGGGCCGAAUUGGCUCCCUCCGAAACGGCAGCGGCCGCGGCGUCUGGCAACCGCUUGAGUCUUCUCGCAGCCAGCCGUCCGGGCUCGUCUGCCCCCCAUCGCUCGGUGAGAUCGCCAAGACCCUCCAAGUCCUCGGGCCUUCGUAGACCGGGUCCCGGUUCCGCCGUGCCUGAGGGUGCCACGCCAAUGGCCAUCAAUGCUACUGGGGCUCAGUUGGCCUCGGGUCGUCCUGGACACCGGACCGCACGCACAGCACGAAGUCAUGGUAUCUACCCACGCCGCACUACAUCAGCGGCUUCGCCGUCGACUGUGGUACCGGCGACAGCAAGCCCGAAAUCUACCCCGGCAGUCGAGGAGGCCGGAGAGCCGGUGCUCGUCGUCACGGAGGAGCCACAUUCCGGAGACCGAAUGGCCUCGGGUCACGAAUGGACAUCGAAGAGUGAAAGUCAACUCAUUUCAGUGCUCAUCCAACUGGGCUUUCUCAAAAGUCCCUCAAAAGCUCCUCUUAAUCUGAAUAUUGGUGACACUCGGUUCAGUGACCAGGAGACAUCUGCUGGCAACAACGCCGAAUGCGGCUCUGAAUCUUCCGAGUACUCUCUUGAGAGGUGA